AUGGUGGCCCAAAAGGAAGGACUAGAAGAAGAGCACGUCAACACAGGAGAGACUGAGGUGAAUCAUACCAAAGAGCCAAGGAUAGUGAAGGAAGAAUUACGGGUUCUGCAAGAUGUAAUCACUCAGACUGAGAUUCCUACUUGGGCUUCAAGAGUCCCCCACAAUUUUGGUUUAUCAGGUUCAGGUUCUCUUAAAGCAGCUGAUUGGUUAAUACUGUAUACGGUAUAUUACCCACUUGCCAUGGUUCCAUACUGGGUGAUUGGGAAUGAUUGGCAAAAGCAAAAGAUUGAUGGAUCUACCUCGGUGACACAUCAAGAUGUCUUGCGAGAUUCACUGGUCCAGUUGAUUGAAAUUACAAAUAUUCUGAUGAUGCACCAUCUUGAGCCAAAUGACAUUACCAAAUACUCCAAACUGAUCUGGGAAUACCGAAAAACACUGAAGCUUGGGUGGCCAACACAGAGUAGCAAACCCAACCUCCACUUAUCCCAGCAUUAUCCCAAAGUCAUCAAGAGUCUCGGUCCCCCUAUGGCAACUUCUGCAUGGGCUCAGGAACGUCUCAAUGGAAUGCUUGGAAAGAUUCCGCGUAACAAUCACAUUGGGGAACUCAAUAAAACACUCAUGAGUAGCUGGAAUAAAAAAGCGCUAUACUAUGGGAUGAUUAAUCAAAGGAACCUCGGCACGGAAGGAUCAACAACAGAUAGUCAUGUGAAGAAGACAAUGACAACCAACCAAACAAACGCAAUACUUGAUUCAAGGGUUUACAAACAAUGGAAAGUUCAACUGGAGAACAUGGGGUUCCGCGGAAAUGCAGUGGAAGGGGAGAUUAAAAAUGUGGUGAUUACAGUCAAGAGUGUUCAAAUAUUCAAUCGGAGAUAUGUCGCAGCAAAGGAUUUAUUCGAGAAACCACCAGGCAAUUCAAGUGUGGAGAUUGACCGAGGUGGAGAUAGAAUCUUUGGGAGGAUCUCUUUGCUUUUUAUGGGUCAAUCAAGGGAAGAUGUUUGGUUUGUGGUUCGCCCUUUUGCAUCAUUGAACCGUUGGGAUGAAGCAAAGAAUCCAUACAAAGGCCUUCCACAGCUCAAUGUCAAGUUAAUCUACUCGAGGAAGCUGGAGAAAGCGGUGGUCGUACAUCAGUCACAGGUUGUUGGGCAUAUAGCCACCUUGCGGAAUAAAGAGGGGACCUUUGGGAUUAACCAAGAAACCAUUUCAGCAAUUCAAGUUGCUUACUGA